GACGUUUUUUUUGGUAGCAGUUACGGACGGGAAAAUAAAUAAAAUCAACUUGAAAAGAACAAAUAUCAACAAACUGGAUUCAUUUUUCAUUCAACGGUGUUUAUGUCCACCGUAUUUAAAUAAUGUUUAUGGGAUCUCCAAUGAAUAGGGAGACACUGUGAAGUGUGAUGGCCACCAAGCUGAAGCGAGAGGAAGACGUGGACGUCGCGUGGUAUGCGUCAAUCGUCCACAGCUGUAUUCAGGAGGACAAGCUUCACAAGUUACGCGCCACACUCAAGAAAUUCACCCCGCCGCAGAGGAAGCGCAUCGUCUCACACAAGAUCAAUGGAAACGCUCCACUCCUGACAUCGUGCAUUCAGGGCAAGCUGCACAUCGUGAACUACCUCCUUGACGACUGCGGGGCUGACGUCGAGCAGUGCGGCAUCUAUGAGGUCGAGGAGGACCGGUCGCGACAUACGGUCACACCACUGUGGGUGGCGGCCGUCGCUAACAAGAUAGACGUCGUGAAGACGCUGAUACAGCACAGGGCAAACGUGAACAGCCCCUCGGACACCGGCUCCACUCCGGUGAGGUCGGCAUGCUACAUGACGAACAUUGCCAUCGUUAAGUACCUCGUCGACCACAGCGCAGACAUUCACAAGCCAAACAUCAAUGGCGGGACGUGCUUGAUUAACUCCGUUCAGAGCGCGGACCUGUGCGAGUUUCUUAUACGAAAACAGGCUGAUGUCAAUGCCCACGAUAACUCAGGAAAUUUGGCAUUGCAUUAUGCAAUCCGAGAGGGUCGGUUAGAGACGGUGAAGUUACUAAUCAGACAUAAGUCGGACUAUAAGGCAAAGAAUGAUUUUGGUGAUGAUGCAUUGCAGACUGCAGCUUUAAGGGGCUACCCUGAUAUAAUGGAAUACAUUUUAGAAAACACAAGUCAGUGUCUAGUCUCAGUUCUACAUGCAUACGAGCUGCUUGGGGCAAACUUUGUCGACGAGAAACACGACAUUGCUGGAGGAGUGGGUCUGUGGAAGAAGGCCAUGGCUCUGAGAAACAUUGAGUCAAGAAAUCCCAUACUAAAAGUGCUGCCCGAACAAACUGUUCCGGCUUACAACAAUGCCAGAGAACCCACGACAUUGGAAGAGCUGAGCGAGAAGGUCUCCGAACCCGACAAUGUGUACAUGCAGUCUCUCCUGAUCCGGGAGAGAAUCCUGGGCUCAGCUCACAAGGACACGAUGUUUGGUCUGAUGUACCGCGGAGCCGUGUACGCGGACACCCACUGCUACCAGAGAUGCGUCGACCUGUGGAAGUAUGCCUUCCAGAUUCGGCACCAGAAGCACGACUGCUUCAACCACGAGUGCCUGUUCACCGUGCAGGCACUGGUGAAGCUGUUCUGGGAGAUGCAGCUGGAGCUGGAGGCCGGAGCCAUGGAUGAGUGUGUCCGGUUUGAGGACGCGCUCGAGGUCUUCCACCUCCUCAUCCACCAGAUCCGAGGAGCCAAGGUGGUCAUGUCCACACGGCCCGUCCACUCCCACCACUACGACGACUUCCAGCUCCUCCUGCAUCUGUCGCUGCACCUCAUCCACCUCCUGGCCCUCCUCAAUGCCCCGCCCUGCGACAAGAUCACCUUCAAGAGACUGGUCCGGGAGCUGGUGGUCCUCGACCCCAGGGGACAGGAUGAUGAGAGCCUGAUCCACCUGGCCGUCGACCCGAAGGUGUCUCUGACCAGCGAGGAGUUCUACUCAGCGUUCCCCGCCAUGGCCGUGAUCCAGGUCCUGCUGGAGUGCGGCAUUGACGUCAACUCCGUCGACCAGCGCCGCAACACGGCCCUCUUCAACAGUGUCAAGUUCCUCACGUUCUCAGAGCUCCACGAUGAGGGCAUCUUGGAGUGUCUGCUCAGGAACGGGGCGCAUGCAGACAUGUGUAACAGUGAGGGCGACAGUGCCCUCGACCUCCUACAGAAGCACGGCUAUCCAAUCUGUCCCAUGGACUACGUGUCACUGAAAUGUUUCGCGGCAAAGGUUAUUAAGAAACACAACAUUAGCUAUAGGGACGAAGUUCCCAGGACAUUGAUUCCUUUUGUAGAAAAGCAUGGGCUUUCAUUUUGGAUCUAGUUCAGAGAGUAAAGUGCUCACCUGAUGACAGACUCUAGUUUGCUGCCAUUAUAAGCUGUUUAAAACUAGGACAAACUUUUUAAUGACUAAAAGUACUGACGUGUUUGUUUUUUUAGAAAAUCAGUGAUCUGUAUAUAUCCAUUGUUUUUCUGAUUCUGACUGGACUAAAACUAGUAAAAGUUAUCUUCUUAAUUGCAGCGAAAUAUGAAACAAACACAGCAAUUAUGAUAGUACAGCUUAUGUAUGACAAACUGAUCAAAUAAAAAAGUUACUUUUU